GUUAACAUUUGACAUAGUGUUGUGUUCAAAGAUCAACUCCCGAACGGCGGCUAAAAUGACUGCUACGUAGAAAAUAAAAUCAACUAUAAGUGUUAAAGGCCUUGAUCUUAAAAACUGUGAAAUUGUUAUGUAAAUACAACAUGAUGGAUACGAGACCGCGUUACAUUGAAGCGAAACGUGCCAGGAAAAGUGAUAAAAUAACGAAAUUCAAGAACAAAUUGAUAAAGAAACACAAAUUGAAUGAACAUCGAUCGGCGGGUGGCAGUUGGGAGGAGCCCGUGAGCGCGGUGCGUAAUGCACCUCUCAGACGCUCACAAAGGCUCAACUCCACGCUGGACUCCAGAAGUACCGGACAGCUGCGCAACACCCUCAGCCGUGCCCGGGAGCUGUGCGAACGAUGGCGAAGCGGAGGAAUCACCCCGCCCGCGCCCCCUCCCGACGACGAGGGCGGGGGGAGGCUGGCGCGCUGGUUCAGCGUACGCAGGGGAUCCACGCACCAGUACGACAUGCAUUCGCACGAAACCGACAAGAUGCCCAAAUUACCCGAGCUGGAGGAGGAUUUGUUCUCGUGCGGCGGUGAGGUUCGAGGAGGGAGAGUUCCGCCGCCGUCUCUGGGCCCUCCGCCGGACUCGCUGACGCCCGUGCAACUGCGUCGUCGGCACGUCGUCGCUGCUAUUAUACACAGUGAAAACUCCUACGUCGCCACUCUACAGCGUCUCGUAAAUGACUACAAAAAGCCCCUCGAAGAGAGCAGUCCGGCCAUAUUGAACGCCAGUAAAAUACAAACGUUAUUCCACCGUCUACCUGACAUCCUACAAUGCCACCUACACUUCCGCACCGCUCUGGCCGACUGUGCGCAGACGUGGGACCGCGAUGAAAAAAUAGGCGAGGUCUUUUUGAGCGCAUUCUCGAAGGCCGUGGUGCUGGACGUGUAUUCGGAUUUCAUAAAUAACUUCUCAGUCGCCAUGGAAUUGGCUAAAAUGGAGUCGAAAAGGAAAUCAGCGCUGGCCGACUUCUUCAAAGUGAAGCAGAUUAGUGCUCACGACAGACUCUCGUUCUUCGGGCUGAUGGUUAAGCCGGUUCAGAGGUUUCCGCAGUUCAUCAUGUUUUUACAGGAUUUAUUGAAGCACACGCCCCCCGGGCACGCGGACCGUGUGGCUUUACAAAGAGCUUUGACGAGACUAGAGGCGUUAGCCGAAGCAUUAAAUGAAAGAAAACGUGACGCUGAAAGAACACAGGCAUUCCGCGCCGCCCUGAGGAGGCUGACCCGCGGCGGGGUGGCGGGUGCGGGAGGGGCGGGCGGCGCCACCCGGUUCGGUGCGGCCCGCCUGCUCGCCUCCCGGGCUGACAAACGACAUUUACUCAGACAAGACGAUCUACUGCAAAUGGAAUUUAACCAGUCGGGUGGCUUAUCUAAGUGCAAGCCCCGUCGACUGCUGUUACUGAACGACCUCGUGGUGUGCGUGUCGGUUGGCGCGGGCGGCGAUGACGCGGAACGUCUCGGCCUCAAGUGGGCGCAUCCGGUGCAGGACGUUGAGGUCUUGGACACGGGCACCUCGCCCACGCUCAGCAGAGUGCUCGCUCAAGGUAUGAACCGUAGUGGCAGCCUACGUUCAAACUCUAGCAACGGUCAAAUGAGCACGUCAACGGGAGAUUCUCUCUGCGGCGAGAUGUCCACGUUGAUGCACGACUAUGAGACCGUAUCGAGGAUGGCGGACUUGGCGGCCUCCUUGAAAACUCCCUAUCCUGAACUAGCACCGGAAAUGUUCAAAACCUUGUUGCAGAGUAUACAACAAAGCAUACAAAAAAAAGACGAUGAGAUGGCGUGGGUGGAUUCUUGUUGUCUCCAACUCCGGAUACGCGGGCGGGAGGAGGCGCUGACGUUCCGCGCCAACGAGCCGGGCGCGCGCCUGGGCUGGGCCACGGCGCUGAGGCUGGCCCAGCUGGCCCAGGCGCCCGCCAACUCGCCCGCCUGGAGGGUGCCCGUCUCUCACGCGCCACCACACAAAAUGCCGCUCUUUGUCGAUGCCAACAAUGUCUACUCUUCCAAAAAUCUUACAGAGGUUCGAUGCGGUUGUUUCUACACAUCGAGCGGUAACAAUCGCGGCGCCUCGCUGCGUCGCGCUCGCUCGCUGCUGUGGGUGUGUGCGGGCGGCGCCGCGCUCUCGCACGUCGCGGUCCUCACGCACCGGGCCGCCAAACUCAAGACUCUCGUCACCUUAGAUCUGCCGGACACCAAGGUCACUUCGAUGGAAUUCGCCAAAGGAAUACGGCAAGUGACCACGCUGUGCGGCGACACCGUGUGGCUCGGCACCGAAGACAAGAAAAUAAUAAUCUUCUCUGCGGUGGAACCGGAGAAACAGGAGAAACUCGCGGAGGUGCCGACCGUGGCCGCCGUCACGCAGAUCCGCUACCACUGCGACGCCAUGUUCGUGGGACUCACCAACGGACGCGUGGCCGUCUACAGGCGCAACCACGACGACUCCUGGGCGCUGCAGGAGCCGCUGGCCAUCGAGCUCGGCGACAAACCCGUGCACUGUCUGCUGCCCGUGGACGGCAUCCUCUACGCCACCUGCGCGCGCCGAGUCUUUGCCAUCAACGCUCUUACCGCCGAAAUCAUGCGCAUUCUCGAACUCAAGAGCGACGGAGACCGAACAGUGAAAUACUUGGCGCACUCCGGCGUCGGUCUAUGGACCGCGUUCUCUGAUUCUACAUUCGUCAGCUUGUACCACGCGGAGACGUUCGAGCAUCUACAAAACAUAGACAUUGCAGCUGAUGUUGCUAAAACUAUCGGAGCCAGAGACGGCAGUAAGCCCGCCUACGUUUCCGCGCUGCUCGCCAGUCAGGGCCUCCUGUGGGUCGGCACGACCGCUGGCGUCAGCGUCACCGUCCCUCUUCCUAAACUGGAGGGCCUGCCUCUGGUCGGCGGUCACAUCGCCGUCUCAUAUCACGCUCACGCCGGACCCGUCACGUUUCUGUUGUCGUUGUUGCCGGAAACGCGCGACAUCGACGUCAAUGCAGUUCGACGUAACCUCUCGAACGCACGCGCGCUCGCCGACGUGAACAUCGUGCACGAGUUCAAAGAAGAGGACUCCAAAGAAGACUGCGACAAACCGAAACUGGAGCGACGAAUCUCGGAGGAAACGAGUCCGUACCGACCGCAGCGCGUGCACUCCGCGGUCGUGCGCCGGAAGAAGCCCGGGGACGUGCGUCUGAGCAAAACUCUGCCAAAGUGCGCUAACUUAAACGCUUGCGACGUGUACGGACUGUUUGGCGAUCUCAUAUUCGUGAAGGACUGCGUCGGUGAGAACGACGUGAGCGGCGGCGGCGGUGAGGCGAUCCGACGCAGUGACCCCGAGCUGGCCACCAUACCGUUCCGCGUGAGCACGCUGGACCGGCGACUGCGCAUGCGCGCCGGUCGGCCGCGCAGCCUCGAUCUCUCCAACUGGUCGGUAGACUCGCGCGCCUCCAGUCUGUGUACGUCAUCGGGAAGCGAGGAGUCAAUGGCCCUGCGCGGCGUCUCGAGGAACAGCUCAGGCGCGUCGGGGGCCGCGAGCCUUGCGCCCGUCGCGGUGUCCACGCCGGAGUCGUCCGUCGCGUCGAGCAAGUCGUCGUCGCAGCGGUCGGUGGGCAGCACGGGCAGCGCGGGCGGGACGCGGGGCGGGGGGCGCAGCCUGCGCGGCGCGGACUACGCGGUGGGGGAGAGCGCGGCGCGGCGCUCGGUGCUGACGGUGAUGGGCGGCCGCGGGUACGUGGACUGGCGGCAGACGGCGGAGGCGGCCGAGCGCCCCGCGCCCGCCGCCGACCCCAACCCUAAGGACGCGUACCUCGUGCUGUGGGAGAUGCGCUUGUGACGUCCCGGAGUGUAGUGCUAUGUAGGUUCCUCUUUACGAGCGUAAAUAGUUUACGUGAGAUCGACGUCACUCCCGACAGAUUCACAUUUGAAUCUGAUUUUUUUUGUGUCAUAUUUGAAACUUGUCAGUGACCAUACGUGAAUUAAUUUGUAAACUAUUCUUAGUCGACCCUGGUGUCUCAUCGCCGGAGCCGAUGUUGUGCUAAAUCUUAUUGUAAUAUAAUUAUUAAUGUAAUGUCGUUGAUACGCUUACCUGGACGUAGUUUGGCGUUCAGUCCCCGCUCUAUUUUGACACAAUAUACUAUUGUUAUAUUGAAUGUUUACGCGUGUUGAUCGAUCGAUUCAUGAGCUUUAAAUUAUUUUUCGAUGUUGGGCUUAGCGUUUAUCUGUUCGCCCGCUGUUUACACAAUAUUUCUGUAUAGAUAUAUAUUUAAGCAUUGGUGCAUUAUUUUUGUGAUUGUUUAUAUAAUAUAUUAAAGUUAAUUGUUUAGUGAUAUUUUAAACGGUGCAAAUCCAACCUUUAAUGUCUGCAUUUUCAAAUAUAAAUUUCUUAGCAAAAUAGAACAAAGCUUCAACAAACACAAUUUGGAUCUGUUAAUGUAUUAUUACAAUGUAUUUUUUUCUGUUAUUAAAAUUGUAAUUAUAUUAUUAAGUUUUGGAUCGUAAUAAUCCACUUGUGUAAUAUUUUUGUAACAUUUCUUAUCUGUUAGUAAAAUUAACACGAACCCUAGAGGCCUUAUAAUGAAUAUUUCCAGUGUGACUAACAUGUGUUUACACUUUACUAUUAUUAUUAUUAUGACAUUCAGGAUGUCGCUUUAAGAACUAGACUGAUUUAGCUUAAGCGUUAUUACGUAUUUUAGUUCAAUUAAGAAUUCGAACGAAAUUAAUUCAAUUAUUUUGUAAAAAAACCGCGUCCAUCCUGUUAAGUUCUCAACUAUUGUUCCAUUAUACAUAUUCGUUGCUAAAUAUUAUUUCGUAAACAAUAGGAAACAAAAUGUUGAUUUUGUUUUUUUUUUCUAUCGAGUUUAUUAAUGUUGAACUUAGUCGGUCAGUACUAAGCCGGUUCGAUAUGUCCAAAGAUAUAUUCAAGCAUUACGUAUCCACAGAUUUGUUAAAUUAUAAAUUUGUAGUGUGCCAAACUGUAAAAUUUACGAAUGUUAUAUAAAUACUAAUACUAAAUAGCAACAAGAUACGUCCACGAAAAUCUCCUCUCAAUUAAUUUCAGUACCUAUGUUACUUAUGAUUCGCAUAUAUGUGAAAUUGAACGAAACUCGACUCGAAUAUAUGUGUUUAAUCGAAUCUGCAUUAUUAUAUAUUUUUUUCAAAUUAAAUACGUCUUGAAUAGAUUUAUUUGUUCUGUAAAACGUCACAAUGUAUGUAGGUGUAAAUAAAAACUUAAUUUUACAUGUAUACACCUGUACACUGUAGUUUUAUUGAU